UUUGUCAAAGCCAGAGACAGGAUCGAUGCUCUGGAAAUUCAUGGGAGCGAACUUUUACACACGAGCACGAUCAGAAAUCACUGGCAAAUGCCGACAGUGUGGGUCAUUCAUUGCCUUGGGAGCUCUGGAAUGAAGAAUUCGAGAUGAGUCCCACAGGACCUUCAAGGAAGAACACAGCGCGGGGCGAGGUUUGAGGCUGAUCGAUUUGAGGGAAUUCAGCUCGUUUCCCAGGAUUGAGGACCUGGGUACUCAUGGAGCAGUGAUAGGGACAGGUGUCUGGGGCGGGAAGGGCCAGAGAGCUCCAGAGUAGUGGGCUUUUCAAAUGGCGUCUUUUGCGAUGCACUGCCCGAGGUUGCUGUGUGUGACAUCUACAGCUUCCCCUCGAGCUGAACAAUCCAGCGACGAGAGGGUGGUCGUGCGUACGGGGCAGAAUGGAAGCGCCACGAGGAGGACUGCGAAAUGCGCCAUGUCCGUUUGCUUCCGCCGAGAGAUUUUUUAUUUGGGGGCGGCACUGAUGGGAGCAGGAACCGUGGCGGUCCCGGAGGUGCUAGCUGAGGAUGUUCCCGCUCUCGCUGGCUUUGCGGAGAGUGACAGACUCGAGACGGUGACCUCGAAUGUCGGUCAAAUUAUAGAGAGUGGCAAAAGCGAGCCUGUGAGAGCUGUAGAGAAGGUGGACACUACGAUUACGGAUAGGGUAUAUUUAGAUUUGAGUAUUUGCCCGAACAACUCGAGAAAGGAUCGGACUCUGGGUAACACCUCGCAGAUCUGCACUGUAGGUGAACCUUUGGGUCGCAUUGUCAUAGGUUUGUAUGGAAGACAGGUUCCGCAGACGGUCAAGAAUUUCAAAGCCAUGUGCACAGGACAAGCCGGAACAUCAUACGCCGGGACCACAUUCCACAGGGUUCUACCCGGUCAGUAUAUCCAGGCUGGGAAGCAGGGCUCGAAGGACAAGGGCGAGGUCUCGGGCUUGAUAAAACUUGACCGCAAUAAAGAAACUGUGAAUGGGAAUGCUUACAAGUUAACACAUACGAGGCCAGGAACUGUGUCUCUCUGUUUGUCCGAAAACGAUGACGAGGAAGAUUUGAAGCUCGAUGUUGACUACCGCAAUGUUCAGUUUCUGAUCACCACAGGUCCAGGACCAGCUACGCAACUUGACAAUGGCAACAUCGUUUUUGGAACUGUGCUCGAAGGAUUGGACGUGGUGGCUGCUGUGGCAAAGGUUCCAACGUAUAAACCUAGUGAAAAGAUCCGUCAAUUUAAUGACUUCGCUGAGUUUCUAGGCGAUGAUCGUGCAGCGAAUGCAAGAAAUUUUUGGAACCGUCCCCUGAAAACAGUUGUCAUAACUAAGUGUGGAGAAUUGCCAAUGGGUUUACCAGUAUUUCCUCCAGGUCUUCCUUAAUUCAAAACCACCACAUGUAAUGCUUCAGCCCCUCUGGCUGUUCGUCUGUAACAUUAAUUUGAAGCUAAAAUUGUUUCUUAUCUCUGUCUGG